AUGAUCAACACACACUUCGCGGACGGAAAGACUGGCCCCGUGGAGUUCGAUGAAAAUGGCGAUCGCAAGGAUCCCUUGUAUGAUAUCAUGAACUGCCAGAGCCAAUCUCCAAUCAGUCUGGCGCAAAGACUGGAUCCAUUUGGCAUAUGCCGGCUCUCGAAGGUGGGCGAGUAUGGACGUGAAGUGGUGAGUGGUUGUCUUCUGUUCUUCUUUCGAGUCGCGCUGAUUUUUCUUUUUUCCCAGUCUUUUCACACUUGCACACUUUUAACCAGCCGCUAG